AUGGCGAUGAUGAUGACUGGCCGUGUGCUGCUGCUGGUGUGUGCUCUCUGCGUGCUGUGGUGCGGUGCCGGCGGUAGGUGUGACGAGGGGGUGGUGGAGAGUCGUGCCGGUGUUUCGGGAAUUGGUGUUGAUCCUCUGCCGGCAUCAAAAGGAAUUGGAACGUCUCUACAAGGCGUGAAAGAUUUAAAAGAUGAAGCAGGUGUUAAAGGAAAAAAAACUCCCACAUCUGCGCAGGAUGAAGCUGAAGAAGAUGAAGAAGAAGAUGAUGAUGAUGAUGACGCUGAUGAAGACACGAAAGCGGUAGAAGAAAAAAGUACUGAAAGGCAGGGUGGUCAAGAAGUAACAGUUGCACUAGACUCAAAUUCCAGGGAAAAGAAUUUGAGUGGCAGUGAUCACGAAAAUCACCAGGCAAUUGUAUCUGCAGAGGUCAUUCCUCCUUCCGGCAGUCGGGAAACAAAUGCCAAUUCUACACAAACGAGGAUCGAAGAAGGAAAGGACGCCGAGAAAAGUUCACCUGCAGUAGAGAAUACACUCACAAAAGGUAACGGAGACAAAACAUUGCCUGCGGGAAUUGCGGGAGGAAACCUUUCACCACCUCCAGAAGAAGGUGUUGAUUCCCGCAAACAGGAUGGCAAAGACACCACGAGUGAAGAUGAAAAAAAUGUUCCGUCGCCUGAGACCGCAGCCACACCACAAAGCCACCGAGACAAAGGCUCAGAAGGGACUGGGGACGAUACAAAAGCAACGACAGCAACCGCAAACACAACUGGUAUGACGAAUACACAAAACAGUGACGACAGCACCGCGGUCUCCCACACCACCUCCCCUCUCUUGCUUCUUCUUGUUGUUGCGUGUGCGGCUGCUGCUGCGGUGGUGGCCGCGUGA